GGACGCCCUCCCCCCCCACUCCCCCCCAACUACCGCAUCGAAACAUAGACCUGUGAAGAAGGCGAAGGCGUCGUCAUCGCCUCUCUUCAUUCUUAGGAGUAUAUAACGAGUAAAAUACAGGAAUGGAGGUGGUGGGGGGUCGCCUGGGCCGCUUGUCGACCCGGUACGCGCCGGCGACGGUCUUCAGCGGCCCGGUGAGGAAGUGGAAGAAGAGGUGGAUCCCCCUCUCCGCCCCCAAUAGCAACGCCGCCGCCAACGCCAACGGUGCUCGCUCCAACCUCCUUCUCUACAAGUGGGCUCCCGUCUCCUCCCCGGCCAACGGCACCCCCCAGGCCGAGGAGCCCCCGCCGAAGAAGUUCCGAUACGUUCCGAUCUCGGUAAUUGAAGAACAAAAACAAGAAGCUGCUGAAAAGCUUGAUGACGAGAAUAAACCUGUUGAAGCUGAUCCUUCUUUGCAGCCAAACCAGAUUGAUUCUUCUGAUACAAAACCUGACAUGAAUAACAUUGCAGUGGAAGAAGCCCAGGCUUCAGACAAGGACCAAGUUGCAGCAGAGGAUAGCAACCGAACUAAUUUUGACUUGAAUUUGGGUUUGAAAGCUGCUGAAGGUGACCGGGAAACCAAAUCCAGAAAUGCUGAGCAGGAUGAAGCAGGUGAUCAGCCAGAUAAAGUAAGCUCAGGCAAGAACAUGGAAAUGAAGUCUGCAACAAAUUCAGAACCCCCAAAUAAGCUGAAGAGGAAAGCUGUUGCUGCUGAUCUUAAAACGAGAGUAUGACCUAUUAAUUUGGCAUUGUUUACACUCUUUUUUUUUUUUUUUAAAUUUUUGGUGCAAUGAGCAAGAAGCAUAUGCUGCACCCUCCUUGGUCCACCAUUAAACUUGCAUACAUUGUUGUUGAUCUGCUACUUAAUAUUGUGACCUUUUGUUCGUUGUUCAGGUUAGCUGAACUAUCUUGAACUAUGAACUUGUUCUGGAAGUGAUUUAUCGAGCAACAUAUAUGAUGAUGAA